AGUGUGGCCGAAACUGCUUUUGGGGAGGGGGCACGUCCCAGCCUUCUGUGUGAUGCUGGGGUCAGCGUGGCCCCUCGGCUGCCAGAGCUCACGAAGGCAGUUAAGGAAAGCUUCCUCCCGGUGGCUUUCAUCCCACAGGGACAGAGCCUCAGAUGUGCCCAGGGACCUCUGAGCAGCCAUGGGCCACGGGGUGACAGUUGGGGGUUGGUGGGACCCGUGGCUGGCAUAUACCCCAGGUAGACAGUGGCUUGUCCAGGCAGAGAUGCCCAGGGGAAGGAGGUGGCACCUGAGGGCAAAUCUGGUUUUUCAGGAGAAGCUGAAAACACGGGUUGUUCUGUGAAAUCUCUAGAUUGAAAAAAGUGGGCUUGAAAAGCCUCAAGGAGAGGGAGUGAGGCCUGCCCCCCAUCCCAGCUCUGUGGGUACACCCUGGUCAGACAGCCCUGCUCCAGACCCAGCCUCUGUCUCAGGGUGGCCCAGGAGGGGGCUUUGCAAGGUGAUGUGGGGGCUUGGAGGCCCCGUUUCCCUAUGAGCCUGGGUGCUUAGGGGAUGGCCCUGGUCAGACUCCACCAGGCCCAGACUUGGGGGACAGGAGAAGGGAGAUGGGCCACCCAGUUCUGGUUGGGCUGGGGUGGGGCUUCUGAGAGGUGGGGAGGUUGUCCCUUCCCACCCACCUGCCCCAGUAUUCUUGGCUGUGAGCAGGAGGAUGUGUACAACGGCCAAGUUGCCUGGACUCAGUACGCCCCUCUGGGGGUUGUGAGUGCACAGGGCACUGGUGAGCGGCCCACGGGGUCACGUGGCCCACGGGGGGCAAGCAGAUGAGUUGGAAGGAGCUGGGGCCCACUCCUCCCACUUCCUUCUCUCCCACAUCCUCCCCGGCCCCCUCCCAGCUGCCCCCAGUAAAUCCCCUCAGGCUCCAAGACCUGGAGGGACGUAGCAGGUUUAUAAUCUCAGCCUGGAAACCACAUGACCUCCUGUUUCCCACCACAGCCCCCCAGGUUUCAGAAGCAGUUGAGGACGCCCUUCGCAGGGGAGGGAGGGACAGUGAGAAGGGAGGGUGUUCAGGGCCCAGGGAGCCCCCACAGAGGCUGCCCCAUCAGAGCGCACUGGGGACCUGUGGACUUCUCUGAGAUUCUGGCCUGGGCAGUGGUCAUUUGAGCAUCAGUUACCAAGGCUGCCUCCGAAAUGGCAGGCCGGGGUCAGGCCAGCAUGAAUGGGGCUGGCAGGAGUCCUGCAGGGGCAGCUGUGCUGGGGAAGGGUCACCCUGGGCCCUGAGAGGCACAGGACAUGGUGAUGGGGUGCUGGCCUACCAGAAGCACAGAUACGGAGCUGGAGCCCAGCAAGGCCCCAGGGGCCACUGUCCUGUGCUGUGAGGGGCUGUGCUGUGCCAGGGGAGGCCCCGCACCCAGGAAGCCCGGAAGAGAGUGUGCACUCACAGAGCCCUCCUGCCAGGGCUGCAUCUCUUGAGCAGCAGACCCCUGUAUCCCCCUGAGAGGUCCACUGUGGCCUCACCACAGCCCUUGUUGGAGGGCACAUCCCUGUGUCCUCAGUACCCCGGUGUUGAGCGUGUCGACCUGCAGAGGGGAGCCUGUGCUGGCCCCAGGCAUCUGUGUGGCUUGUGGGUGCCCAUCUGCACCCCUGGCCCCGCUCUGGGCUUCAGUGGAGCUGUGCCACCGUGGGAGUGUCCAGGGUCCUGACGUAGCCCUGGGAUGUGGCCAGCUCCCUGGCCUGCUGCCCGCACAGUGGGCCCUUGUCUCUGCUCUGGGUCAGGCGAGGCAGCCACCCAUGAUGAGCUCUGCAGCCUUCCCGAGGUGGCCGCCUCCCAACCAGGUGCCCCGUGUGCCCAGCCUGGGUGACUGGCCGUGGCUCUGACCGCUCCAAGUCCUGCACGAGCAUGGGGGCCCCUCAUACCCCUUCACGGACAGUGCUUUUCGAGCGGGAGAGGACCGGCCUGACCUACCGCGUGCCCUCGCUGCUCCCCGUGCCCCCCGGGCCCACCCUGCUGGCCUUUGUGGAGCAGCGGCUCAGCCCCGACGACUCCCACGCCCACCGCCUGGUGCUGAGGAGGGGCACGCGGGCCGGGGGCUCCGUGCGGUGGGGCGCCCUGCAGGUGCUGGGGACAGCGGCCCUGGCAGAGCACCGGUCCAUGAACCCCUGCCCCGUGCAUGACACUGGCACAGGCACCGUCUUCCUCUUCUUCAUCGCGGUGCUGGGCCACACGCCCGAGGCCGUGCAGAUCGCCACGGGAAGGAACGCUGCACGCCUCUGCUACGUGGCCAGCCGUGACGCUGGCCUCUCAUGGGGCAGCGCCCGGGACCUCACCGAGGAGGCCAUCGGUGGUGCCGUGCAGGACUGGGCCACGUUCGCUGUGGGUCCCGGCCACGGCGUGCAGCUGCCCUCAGGCCGCCUGCUGGUGCCCGCCUACACCUACCGCGUGGACCGCCGAGAGUGUUUUGGCAAGAUCUGCCGGACUAGCCCCCACUCCUUCGCCUUCUACAGCGAUGACCACGGCCGCACGUGGCGCUGUGGAGGCCUCGUGCCCAACCUGCGCUCGGGCGAGUGCCAGCUGGCGGCAGUGGAUGGUGGACAGGCUGGCAGCUUCCUCUACUGCAAUGCCCGGAGCACCCUGGGCAGCCGCGUGCAGGCACUCAGCACUGACGAGGGCACCUCCUUCCUGCCCGCAGAGCGAGUGGCUUCCCUGCCCGAGACCGCCUGGGGCUGCCAGGGCAGCAUCGUGGGCUUCCCAGCCCCUGCCCCCAGCAGGCCACGGGAUGACGGUUGGUCAGUGGGCCCCGGAAGUCCCCUCCACCCUCCACGCCUUGGUCCGGGAGUCCAUGAACCCCCAGAGGAGGCUGCUGGAGACCCCCAUGGAGGCCAGGUGCCUGGUGGGCCCUGCAGCCAUCUGCAGCCUCAGGGGGACGGCCCCAGGCAGCCUGGCCCCAGGCCUGGGGUCAGUGGAGAUGUGGGGUCCUGGACCCUAGCGCUCCCCAUGCCCUUUGCUGCCCCGCCCCAGAGCCCCACGUGGCUGCUGUACUCCCACCCAGUGGGGCGCAGGGCUCGGCUGCACAUGGGUAUCCGGCUGAGCCGGGCCCCGCUGGACCCGCACAGCUGGACAGAGCCCUGGGUGAUCUACGAGGGCCCCAGCGGCUACUCUGACCUGGCGUCCGUCGGGCCGGCCCCUGAGGGGGGCCUGGUUUUCGCCUGCCUGUACGAGAGUGGGGCCAGGACCUCCUAUGAUGAGAUUUCCUUUUGUACAUUCUCCCUACGUGAGGUCCUGGAGAACGUGCCCACCAGCCCCGAGCCGCCCAACCUUGGGGACAAGCCUCGGGGGUGCUGCUGGCCCUCCUGACAGGCCUUCUGGCCGUGCCCAUGCCCCUUGGGUGCCCGGGACAGAGGGGUGGAAUAUGCUGGGGUGCCCCAGGAUGGAUGUGGGGGGGGCUCUUAGUGCAGAAUCCUGUGGAUUAGAAACAAGUUGCUCCUCAGAGUUCUCAAGCAGGGGUUGCUCUUCAGGAAGGGGAGCAGCGGCUGGGAGUGAGCAGGACAGGGUAGGGGAGGAAGUGGGCCCUGGGCGACCCCCCACAGCUCCCUCCCGAGGCUGCAGGACCAGGCACGGGACUGCAGGAAGCGCAGGGUAUUGUGGGUGACAGCACUUGCUUGCUGGCUGCUUUCUGGCUCGAAAUAAAGGAAUCGUGCUUGUGUCGGGGUA